CUUCGCUCUUCCGAGCGUCCACUCGUACAAGACUGAUAUUGAUUGAUUAUCAUUCCCUCGUCCAACCGAUGGCUCUUCCUCUUCUGGCUUGCCUUCUCUUCCACCUCGCAGCGCUCGCCCACGCCCAGCCCUCUCCUGGAUACCGACCGAGCUCCUUGCGUCGACCAAUAAGGUUCAGACAGGGUUACAGUAAUCUUUGGGGUCCUACGCACCAAACCCUCUCUCAAGAUCAAUAUUCCCUCACCAUGUGGCUGGACAGGACCUCAGGCAGUGGGUUCAAGUCGAAUCGCCCGUAUCGCAAUGGCUACUUUGGUGCCUCGAUCAAGCUUCAAAGUGGCUACACCGCCGGCGUCAACACUGCUUUUUACUUAUCGAACGAUCAAGCUCAUCCGGGGUACCAUGACGAGGUGGACAUCGAGUUCCUCGGCACCACGCCGGGAAAGCCCUACACUGUUCAAACCAACGUCUACGUCCGAGGCAGCGGCGACGGCCGUCUGAUCGGCCGGGAGGUGAGGUUCCACUUAUGGUUCGAUCCCACCACCGACUUCCACCAUUACGCCAUUAUCUGGAACCCUGACCAGAUCAUAUUCUUGGUGGACGACGUGCCGAUACGGAGGUACGCCAAAUCUUCGUCGGCGCAGUGGACGUUCCCUGACCGCCCGAUGUGGAUGUACGGCUCGAUCUGGGACGCGUCGCCGUGGGCCACGGAGAACGGCAAGUACAAGGUGGAGUACAGGUUCGAGCCUUUCGUGGCGAGGUACACGGGAUUCAAGAUCGAGGGCUGCUCCGCCUUCGCGCCGGCCUGGUGCCGACCGGUGGCGGCCUCGCCGGCCGGAGGUGGGCUCAGCGCGCAGCAGCACGCGGCGAUGGAGUGGGUGAGGCGGAACUACCUGGUGUACGACUACUGCGAGGACAGCAGCAAGGAUCACUCGCAGACGCCCGAGUGCGGCAGAUAAGCAUCGACGUUACGAAUAGCGACACGUCGUGAUCACAAUGUUCAUCGACGCUGAUGUAUGCGCUGUGGAUUUAAUUUAAUUUGUGCAAUGUGUGCAUGGCUACCAAUCAAAUCAAAAGGUCAAAUACGCUUUACCAAUUGUAUUAAUCUUGGUUGUUGUGGGUAAAAUAUUAAUAUAUAUAAAAUAAAUCUUCCAGUCACACA